GUCGUACAUUAGUGGAGCUCGACUGGAUGAUCUGAAAGCUCUUGCAAACAACACAGUCAAUAUGGAUUUUGCAACCUUCCGGGCACUGAAUCCUGAAGAAGUGAAGAAUCUGACAGCUGAGGACCUGAAAGGCUUGCUUGGAGCUCACCUUCCAGCGCUGAAAACUGGAUUCAAUGACACUGUUGUGAAAGUUUGGGUGAAUUCGCACUUUGAAUCUGAAGUCAGGAAAGUUGGGCUUACGGGAGGAAUUCCAGAUCCUCCUCUAGAAACUGUUUUAUGUGAAGCCAGAAAUAGUUCAGAGGUGAACGAUUUCCUGACGACUCUUAACAGGACCCAACUGUGCAGCAUCGCCAUUGUAGACUAUGCAUGUGCUCGGAUUGACCUGCUGGCAAAUCUCACCAGUUAUGACGUGACUGUACUGUUUGAUUGCUUCACUGGCUCAAAGGCUUUGAAGAUCUCAGAUGAAAAAGCACUGCUUGUGUUUAUCCAAAAGCUUGACAGAACCACACUAAACCAGGCAUUGGACAUGUUUAAUAACAAGACCUCAAACAUAUCGUCAAUUCCUCUGGAAACAAAGACAACGUUCUUUAAUGCCUUGUGGGAGAAUGUGAAGCCCAACAUCACCGGCCCUGCUUUCCUGAGCAAAUGGUUUCAGCAAAGAUUCAGACCAAUCAUUGCAGGCAUUCCUCAAUCAGUCCUGAGUGACCUUCUGGUGAGGAAUGUCACAUGUGAUGGUUACCAAGCAGUUGUAAAAGGACUCAGUAAUGGAUUUGGAGAGAUGACAGCGACAACGAGACAGAGCAUACUGCAAGUCUGGAUCCUUAGUUACCUGAACGGCACAGGUGCUGGAUGUAUCAGCAACACCAAUGGAUCUCGAGACUGGCUGGUGAAGAAUUGGGGACAGUUCAGCAAACUUGCUCAAAUAAGGGAUCUAUCGAACUUGAAUUCAAAUUUCAGUGCAGUGGCAGCAGCAGGCUUGCUGACUGUAUCACAACUUGGAGAAGCUGUGGGGAGAAAUGGUACAUUGGAAAAUGCUUCAGAUGUACGCAAGGUUUUCACAACCAUCACAAAUGGCACCGUGACUGAAUUCAUCGACGUAUUUGCAGCUGCUGCCCACAUGCUGAUUCCUAACCUUUUACAGAACAAUGUGGGGCUGAAAUGA